AAAGUCACCGGGACCUGAAGUCAGUCUAUCUGGCUAGAAAUCCUCAAGGAGAGGAGGCGGGGUUCAGAGACAAACUGGUCUUAGCUGAUCCGGUCUUCAGCUUCCCGGGCCGGGAGUCGCAGACUGGCCUGGGAGGCCACACCCAGGGCCUGCCAGUCCCGCGCUUUUCCGAGAGCAGUAGGAGUUUCCUGCACGAACUGGUGAAAGAACCAACGUAUGAAUGAUCCUCCUGCCAGGAUGGGGACCCCGGAAUCCCAGGGGUUUGUGCCUUUUACGGACUGCCCCCGCAGCCAGCGGGACCCCGGGUCCUCUCGGUGCGAGGUGGGGCGCGAGACUCCCCUGGCUCCCGGCGCCCGGGAUCCCGCACCAGCGGUGGCCAGCGGAAGCCUGGGCGGCUCCCAGGACUACAGGUCUGAAGGUCCAGCCCUCGGACCACCAGCCAGAGAGAAUUUGGAUUGUGAGUCCUGGGUGCGAGAGAAAGUGCUCUUUCUUCUGCACCCAGAAAGGUGGCUGGGGACUCAAGCGAACCCUGCAGGCGGAGACGUGGUCGGUGAGGAGGAACUUCCCCAGGCGAGCGGAGAGAACCACGACCAGGAACCCGACUGCUCUUCUCUCUUUCAAGGACAAAAGAGAAUUUCUGGCAGGCGAAUUAUCGCUCCUUCUGGAGUUCAGCCGCGAGACCCUGCAGCGCCACCCAAAUCUGUGCUUGUGCGGGUCGUGGAUUAUCAGGCGACGCAAGAAGUGCUGCGGACUGCAUGGACGAAGGGUCGCAUGACCACGAGGACCGAGGAGCACUGCAUGACCGCGGUCACUUUUCGCACCAACAGAGAGUGAGACAUCGGGACCCCUGCCGAACCCCAGGCCCUCCUGAACCCCAGAGGCACCCGGCGUCCACGCAGGGCAUAGAGGAUGUUUUCACCGCCAGCGAGGACCUGAUUCCAGAGCAGAUUACACUGCGCAGAGGAACCUGAGGAAUGUUCCGGCAUCCUGGAUGAGCGAUAAUCCUUGAAAGAAAAUGCUGUUCCGGGGUCCCAAUUUGCAAUUAACCGAUGGGAAGAAACUUGUAAGAGGCUGGCGGGAGCUGCGCUGCAUGGAGGCAGUGGGCGCCCAAAGUAGCUUGAAGAUCUGUAAACCGCAGGACCUCUGUGGCUGAAGUACCGUGAGGUUGUAGGGACCUAAGUCAUUGAGUUCGAUAGAAGGUAUUUUCAAAUUGGCAGAAUGCGGGAGCUUCGAAAUAAGAAAAUCGUUUUAAUUCGCGUUUUGCAAUAGCUCUUUUUUUGUGCCACCUUCGCCUCCCCUUUAAGGCCUAAAAGCUGAAGUGAAGUUUGAGAUCUGCUCCCCAGGA